AUGCCUGCUCCAGGCGAUCAGCACAAUGGACGAGCAAUCGCGAACCCAUUUGAAGAAGUUAAACCGCGCAUAUCAGAAUAUACAGCACAAGAAAUCGCCACAUUACAAAGUAGACUAGAAAAGCAACUAGGGCCUGAAUAUAUUUCAUCGCGAUCAGGACCAUCGGGUCAAAAGGUUCACUACAUUACGGCGGAGAAAUGCAUUCAACUUGCCAACGAGGUAUUCGGAUUCAAUGGCUGGUCGAGUCAAAUCAUCGAGACACAAGUGGAUUUUGUGGAUGAAAAUGCCACGACAUUUAAAGUCAGUUUGGGACUGUCGGUCAUCGUGAGAGUUACAUUGAAGGAUGGUACUUUCCAUGAAGAUGUGGGGUAUGGACAUAUCGAGAACUGUAAGGGAAAGGCGGCGGCGUUUGAGAAGGCCAAGAAAGAGGGAACGACGGAUGGAUUGAAGAGGGCGUUGAGGAAUUUUGGGAAUGUUUUGGGCAACUGCAUUUAUGAUAAGGAUUACCUGAGUAAGGUUACGAAGAUUAAGGUGCAGCCUGUGAAGUGGGAUGUCGAGAACUUGCAUAGACAUUCCACAUUUACAUCGCAGGUGGCUGCGAAGAAGGAAGCUGAGGCAUCGAAGAUGGCGGAGAAGACUCAAGCUCAGGGUUCUGGACCGGGGAGUACAAGCCCAUCUGGGGACGAUACAUUAAUUGGAGAUGACGAGUUCGGAGAUUUUGACGAUGCCGAUUUCAAUGUUGCUGAUCCGAAUGCCCAUCCUGAUGAAGUUGUUCUUCCUCCACCACGGACUGCUUCACACCAUUUAAACAAUGUCAGAAAUAGUACCAAUGCACCAUUAACAAAUGCAGGCAUUCCAAAUCAGAGCCGCGCUCCAGGACCUCCAGUUCCGCCAGUCAACCGUGGACCUUUAGUUCAGCCAAAUCGACCUCCGGAAGCUGGUAAUCAGAACAUCACCCGCAAUAAUCAUCCUCCACCUGCACCAAGAACGCCUAAUGCAGGUCUAUCAAGAUCAAUCAGUGCAGCAGGACUUAAUGCACGCGCACCCCAAGACCUAGUACAACCAAAUCGCCCUGUCAACCUCGUCACCACUGUUCCAGGCCGCGUCUUAAAUCAACCCAACCGACCUCAGCCUGAGCCACCUUCAGGCCCUCCCUCUCCACCUCGAAAUAAUGAUAUAACCGAUGAAAUGCCUCCACCUGGUGCCGGCUUCUUCUCUGCCCGCAUCGCAGAGCUCCUUCCUCAAGACCACCCCCCCUCUGAACUACCUCCCGUAAACCUCAAACUCCCCGCUUUCAACCCCAACCUCGAAUCCCCCUCCAUCCGUCGUACCCCAGGCAUCGAUCAAAAAUCCUCUAAACCCCUCUCUCGCGAGCUCAAACCUGUUCCUUCCUCUCAAUCUCCAGCUCCGACCACCGGUAUCCCACCUCAAGCACAACCAGCCUCCCAUCCCGUCAUCGCGAGCAAUCGAAACAUAAACCUAGGAAAUCCACAACUAGAUGCCACGCGAAGAAUUGGAGCGCCAAUUAGUCCGAGCCCGAUGAAUAUGGGAAAUAGGAAUAGUUACAAACCACCCACGAUGAUGAAGAGGCCAAUGGGCGAGGCGAAUAGAAUUCCCUUGACGGAUUUGCAGACGAAUGGUAGUGGCUUGGCUGGAGAUGCGCAUGCUGGUGGUGAUGCAAAGAGGCAGAGGUUGAAUGGGAUGUGA